GGAUCCAGGUAAGCUGACUCCCUUCUGGCAUCUGCCCAUGGGGCCAUGCUCAGCAGUGGGAUGGGAGAAAAUAUUAUUUGGGGGGCUGCGAGUAGAGGGGGUGGUGCUGGGCCGCCCCUCUCUUCCACAGGGUCGUUGUGGAGCUGGUGCAUGGUGGGAGCACUGGGCAUGGUGCUGCAAUGACAGGACAUGGCAGUGGUGCUGGAGCAGUGCAGCUGUGCUUGUGGGGACUAAGCCCUGUUAGCCCCAGCCUUCCUCUGCCUAUGGCCUUGCUGCAUUCUGCUACUGGCCCCAGUUUCCAGCUAAUGAGUGCGGGCCUAGCUUCAGCUUUGGCCAAAGUGGGAGCUCCCCAGGUCAGCCUGUCCCUCUGGCCUGUGCUGGCAGCUGCAGCCACAGUCUCGUGAGUUCUCAGCCAGCGAAAGAGGAGCCCAGCUAGGGGUGGUGGAACCCAUGGCAGGAAAGGAAGCUGUGGUAGCAAAGACAAACAAAAGCCCCAGGCGGCCUGGCCCAUCCUUUCCUUCCCAGCUCCCGGCAGCCUGGGACAGGGCCAUGGAAUAGUGACCGGGCCCUGCCAACAGCGUGGGAACCCAGGGCUGGAAGUGCCUAGUGGUCGCCACCUGUCUGGUCCCUGCCCUGCCCUGCCCCGCUGUCUGCAUGGGCACCGUGGGGCUGGGCCAGGCAUGGGCAGCCCCUACACAGCCUACUGGGACCCACUGAUAGUGCAGCAGCACUACAACUACACGCGGGGGACGGGCGAGCGGCGUCGCUCGCCGCUCUCAGACCCUGUGUCAGUGCUCAUCGUGAUCGUGUGCAGCCUGGUGGUGGUGGAGAACCUGCUAGUGCUGGCGGCUGUGUGGCGCAACCAGAAGCUGCACUCAGCCAUGUACGUCUUCCUGGGUAACUUGGCCGCCUCGGACCUGCUGGCAGGCGUCGCCUUCUUGGCCAACACGCUGCUGUCGGGGAAGCACACCCUGGCACUAACACCAGUCGCCUGGUUCAUACGUGAGGGCUCGGCCUUCGCAGCGUUGGCCGCCUCUGUCUUCAGCCUGUUGGCCAUUGCCAUCGAGCGGCAUGUGGCCCUGGCACAGGUGAAGCCCUACCGUCGUGGUGGGGGUGGCCGCAUGGUCCUGCUCAUCAGCGCCUGCUGGGUCGUGGCGCUGGCCGUGGCCGGGCUGCCAGCACUGGGCUGGAACUGCUUGGGGCGGCUGGGGGCCUGCUCCAUUGUGCUGCCGCUGUAUGCCAAGGACUAUGUGGUGUUCGUGGUCAGCGUCUUCACGGUCAUCCUGGGCACCAUCGUAGCGAUCUAUGCUCACAUCUAUUGCGUGGCCCGGUCCAGCCAUGCUGAGCGGGCCGGUGCCCAGAGCCUGGUGCUACUCAAGACAGUCACCAUCGUGCUGGGCGCCUUCAUCGUCUGCUGGCUGCCUGCCUUUGUAGUGCUGCUCCUGGAUGCUGCCUGUGGGCGCCUCGCCUGCCCCGUGCUGGCCCAGGCCAGCUAUUUCUUUGCCUUUGCCACCCUCAACUCAGCUGUGAACCCUCUUAUCUACACACUGCGCAGCCGUGACAUGCGCCGUGAGAUCCUGCGCCUGCUGUGCUGCUGGGGGAUGCUGGGCCGCGGCUGCCGUGCCCAGCACUGCCGCCGGCCACUGCGUAGCUCCAGCUCCCCUGAGCCCUGCACCCACAAGCAUGACCUGCCCACAGUGCCCAUCAUGACAGCAGCCUGUGCCACCUCUGUCUGAGCCCCUACCAUGGGCAAUGAGGUAGCUGGGCAUCUGGAUCUGGACAGGGCUGAGCCCCUGCUCCCCAGCUGCAGUCUGGGCACACCACAGCCUCUGUCUGUCUGUCUGUCUGCCUGUCCAGCCAGUCUGGGGCCAUAGCACAAGGGGUAUGGCCAUCCUUAUUCACCACAGAGCCCCCAGGGCAGAGCAAACAUCUGGUUUGGGAGAGGACCCCCCCUCCCCCCAGCACGGUCUCCACUCCCCAGGCAGGACUGUCUGCCUUGGCUUGAUCGGCACUCCUAGGCCCUGCCUGGGCCUGCUGCAGCCUCAGUCCAUCCAUACAGCAGCAGGUGCCCCUGUCCCUAGUCUCAGGACCCUGCUGGAGUUGCGAGGGUGGCAGUGGGGCAUAGACUGUCCAUGUAUCUGUCUGCUACUGCCUCCCUGGCUCUCCUGGCAGCCUCUGAGCCAUGGGGGAGCAGCACGAGCGUGUGUGUGUGUGUGUGUGUGUGUGUGUGUGUGUGUGUGUGUGUGUGUGUGUGUGUGUGUGUGUGUGUGUGUGUGUCCCAUGCCUGCCCUGAGGCUGGUGCCUCCCUCCAGAGCUGACAGACCGGUCUGGGAAAGCUGUGCCUCUACUGGUGAUGCCUUGCCCUUGCAGUGCAGGGAGCGGGUCCCAAGCCCUGGCUGUUGGGGGCUAUGCUGACUGCAGCAGAGGGAUCCCUGAGGGGACGGGGACUGGGCCUGGUGGGGGAGAAGCAGGGCAGGCUGCCGGAGCCUGUCCCCCAUCAGGCGGCAGCUGCUAGGGUGAAUCACUGGCUGACAAGCCUGGGCGGGGGCAGCCACGCUGUGAAUGGGAAUGAGCUGCAAGCAUGGGAACGGGUUUGGCCCAGCCCGUGGAGUGGACUGGGGUUAAGUCAGCUGCCCCCAGAAGGUGGUACAUGCCACAGCCUGGCACGCCCUGUGUCCCCAUGUCCCUGCCAGCCACAUGCACUGGCCUGGACCCUGUGAGCCAGGUCACAGGAAGCUCCCAGGAGCUAUGGGGUCACGUGUACGGGCAGGGAGCACAUGGGGGGGGUGCACAUUGUGGGAGCACUGCAUAUUGUAUGUGCAUAUAGUGUAUGUACAUGUCCCAGUGCUGCAUGUGGAGUGUGUGUGCAUGGUGUGUGUGCAUGUUCCAGUGCAUGUUGGGUGCAUGUACAUGCCCCCAGUGUGUGUGAGGUGCAUAUAAGAUGUGUGUCCAUGAUGUGUGUGCGCCCCCCAGUGUGUUUGGGUGGAUGUGUGCAUAGCACAUGCACAUGCCCCCAGUACAUGGGAAGUAUGGGAGGGAGCUGCAUGUACCUUGUCCUUUUGCUAGCUCCUUGUCUCUUCCUGGCCCCUUGCCUUGGCUGCCCUCAGCCUCCCCUAGUCCUGGGGGCCCAUCUCGUUCACCGGGUGUUGGCUGUGGCUUCUCCUGGCACCUAGUGGCCCCUAAUCCUGCUGCUGCCAGUCCUAGGGGAAUCUGGCUGACCUCAGUUCUGCAGCCAGGUACCCAGGUUUGGGAGGGCAGGGUUGGCUCUGCAGUAUGGUACAGUCAGCGCGGGAGGAACCAGGGGAUCCUUGCGGUUGCCCCCACUCCCAAUCCUGAGGAAACACUAUGGAGCCACAACCCUGCCCCCUCACUACCCAUGUACGAGCGGCCACCACUGACUAUUAAAACAAAGUUUCCGCCA